CCCCGAGAGUUUGGAGGCGGACAUUUUUCUAAAAAGUUAUAAACUUGUGUAAAUUUUCCACGUGAAUAAUAAGAAAAUUGUGAAUCAAAAUAUGAUUUUACGAAUGAAUUUUAAAGAACUUUAAGUAUUUAACAAGAGAAAUUCUUUAUUCGAAAAGUUUAUAAAACCUCGAAAAAUGAUAUAUGCACCCCUAUAGAUUUUUCUCCCCCAAAGGCUUUCACUCCUAUUCGCAUUUUUCGCCGUCGAAACGAUAAGUUCCGAUAAUAAAAGUUUGACUUGCAACAUUUUCAUCUAAAAUUGUCGCGACUAUUUCGUAUCACGUAAACCACGUUGCGGCACUUUUCGUGUUGUUUACAAUAAAAUUCAAUUUGAAAAACUUUAAAAGAGAAAAAGUUUAAUUGCGAAAAAAUUUAUUGUGGGAUAUGGUAUCGAGAAAAGAGAGGACAUUUUUUAUUACGUCAAAAAUUUCAAGAAGUGUUGGAACUUGAAAAUUUUAUGAGACUAGAAAAUUUUCUAAUGUUAGAGGCAGUCGACGAGAUGGAGCAGAGGGAUUUGCCCCAGGCAUUUCGCCUCUUGGGGGAGAUGAAUGCAAGUGUCCUGCUGGUGAAUCAGGUUGUCGACAACAUGUUGGAUCGUGUGAAGAAAGGAGAAAUUUCAACAGACAAGGGUCUUAGUUUCUUAGAGAUGAAGUACUAUUCACUGCUUUCCUACCUUAUCAAUUUAACUUAUGUUGUUCUGAGAAAGUGCUCCGGAGAGAAAAUCGAGGAGGAUCCAUCAAUAGAUCGUUUGAUUGAAAUUCGAACAGUUUUAGAAAGAAUCAGGCCGAUUAAUCAUAAACUUAAAUAUCAAAUAGAUAAACUGGUGAAAACUGCAGUGACUGGAACUGCAAGCAGCAGCGAUCCAAGCAAUUUCAAAGCAAAUCCUGACGCUCUCAUUGGAAAAAUUGACGGAAGUUCAGAUGAUUCAGACAGUGAGCCAGAGGAAGAUGUCGCCAAGCCGAAAAAAUCUGGAGUCUAUGUGCCACCAAAACUAGCUGCCGUUCCUUACGAUGGAGAUGAGACAAAUGCAGAAAAGAUGCGUAAAGCGGGAGAAAGGGCACGCAGGCGUGCGUUUUCCGGAGCGGUACUUCAGGAAUUGAAAGAGGAAUAUUUGGGCGCUCCAACAGAAGACAUGCACGAUAUCAGUGAAAAGCAGGUGAUUAUGGGUCGAGAAAAUAAGAGAAAGAUCGAAUACGAGGAAAACUACAUGACUCGUUUGCCAGUUACUAAAGAGGAAAAACAUCGCCGUCGCCAACUUACCACUAUUGGAACUUUGGGAACAGACAUCACCAAUUUUGGAGGAUCAUCUUCUCUUUUGUCCAAAAAAAGAAAAGAUCCCAAAGGAAAGGCAAAAAAGAGUUUCAGAAAGAAACGACGCCAUUAAUCAACUCGUCCGCAAGAGUAUGAGUAAAAAAAAGCAGGUAAAGCGCUAAAAACUUACUUCAUCUCCUCUUGGCAGUCCCAAAAUGCCAAUAAUACUCUCGUUACUAAGUUACGCUAAUUAAUUAACGAUUAAAACUUAACGAUAAGCAAAAGAAAUCGAUGAAAAAAAAAAAAAAAACGUGAAACACCGCAAUGGUAAUUUAUAAUGAUAUAAGACAUCGUAAUGGUCGCAUACUUGAUAAUUAUAGUUACUAAUGGUUUUAAUCUUUAACUGUUGUCGGACAACAUUUUUAAACUCUGGAAGCCGUCUGUUUCGUCGGGACGGAUCACUCAAGACAUCCGUUCCAAAGGACAAAUUGCACUAUCAAAGAAUUUACUUUAUACUUAUCAAAUAUUUAUGCGUAAACUAAACAACAUACUCCGGUUCCAUAUUAAGAAAUUGUAAAACGUAUGUCGAAGUUUUCGAUGCAGAAGUCUCUUCUGCUUCGAAAUAAUUUUCGACUAUAGACAGAAAACAAAAAAAAAGCAAAAAAAAAAAAGAAAAAAAGAAAAAAAAAACGCAACAGGAGCAAUGAUACUAAAUUAAUUGUUAUAAGAGCGUAAAAAUCUGAAGAUAUGUAUGUAUGAGCAAAAUUUGCUGAUUAUUAACGCAAGUUAAUGAAACUUUUUUGGCACAUGGAAGAGUUAAAAUUGAAGAAAUUUCUCUACACAAAUUUCGGAAUCGACAUGUCUUCGGAUUUUCUCGCUAUUUUAGGAUAGGAACGUAGUUACUAGUUCGAUCAUUACGUGUAUGUUUUGUUCGUGUUUUCCCCCUGGUAAAAUGUUGAGGCUAUUAGAUUUCACUGUGGUUCCGUUGGAACUAGUGUUAAGUUUCUUUUGUUUUAAUAUUUGUGCAGUGUGUUGAUUAUUAUUUGAAUUUUCAGUUUAAUCGUGGAAAAAAGCUUAUAUUCAUAGUAACUAAAAUGAUAACGUGAAUGUGUCAAAAUUCAAAAUUGAUGUGAAGAUUUUCUCAAAUUCUUUUUUUAUUCACUGACUUUGAGUUCUUAAAAAAGAGAGAGAGAGGGAGCAUGUAACGUAAGAGUACAAAUUUAUAGGGCGAAGAUUAAAACGCGAUUAUCAUUCCCGAUGUUUUUGUUGGCGAAUUUUUUCGGUAAUUAUAAAAAAAAACUUUUUCGGAUGUCUUUUGGAAUUACAGGCAAAAAAAAUGAAACAUGAUUCAGUUUUUAUAACCCUCCGGGUAUUUAUCGAAAACAUCUCUUCACUUACAACAUUUAUUUCCUUUUAAUGGAAACGGUUUUUAUAUAUAUAUAUAUUAUACAUAUGUUAUAGUAUUUAGUUGACGUUUGGAAUUGUUUUGUUUUAUAGAGUUAUGAAUAGGAAGUACAAAAUAUUAAAAUAAAUUUAUUUAUCAAAUUUGUUCUAUUAAAUGAAUUAUAUUAUAGCUUUAUUAGUGUUUUUUUUUAUUUAGAGAUAGUUUUAAUCUACAGUAGUCUCUUAAAAGUUAAUACUGGAAAUUGAUAAAACUGUUUUUUCUUUUUACGAGCAUUUUUUAUGUGUAUCUAUAAAAUUUUUCAAUUAGAAGAUUUUAAUAAAUUUAUUAUGCUUUCUUACAGUAAGGUAAGCAUUAUAAAAAUAAUUUUUUUUCAAAAAUCUUUGAUUUUGAUUUUAUUUAAAUGAAAAAAUAAUUUUAUAUUAACUUGAUUCAUUUUUUAUAAGAUCUUAAACGGUUAAUUCGUAAUUCUUAGUUACUUUAAAUUACGUAUAAAUAGAAUACGAAUGUGAAAAUUAUUAUCAUAAUUUUUUAUUAUUUAAAGUGUUUUCAAUUUAAUUUUUGAAUAAAUUUGUCGUGGAUGCGUUAAGUAAACUUUAAGAAAGUGUUGGAAGUGAAGAGUAAUUGUUUUUGUUGAGACUCGGACAAAGAAAAUUGUCGUGAAAUUGAAUUAAACGAAAUUUCUUAGGGAGUGAUUCGUAAAUAGCUUCAGUGAGACGUUUGUUAUUUGCCGACUGGUGGCUCGAUCAUCCAUAGUUAUAUUUUUUACAUAAGGCGUUCGUCGUUUGAGCCAGACGGUUGGGCAUAACGUUACAUGAGUCCCUUUCUUGCUGAUCUGUGACAAAGAUUAAAAAAAUGUGAUAAAUUAUUCUUGAAGUAAUAGUUAAAAAAAAAAAAAAAUUUACAAAAUAGCACAAUUGCUGGGCAUUAUUUGUAAAAGUGCUGGCAAGACUAUCAUCAUCAGCAGUUGAAUCAAUCGAGAUUGCGGGGUGUCAAUUAAGUCAGAACACCGGAGAAAGUUUGGCAUGAGUGGAUGCUGUUUUUGUUUAAAACACAAAGUUGCUUGCAGACGCAAAUGAUUAUAGUCACUGAUAUAGAAUGAUAGGGAAAUGUUAGUUUAUUAAUAAAUAGUUACUAUUAAUGAUAAGUAUUAUUAGUUAGUUGAAUUAAACAGAUUUAACGAGAAAGAGAGAAAGAGAGAGAAAGAGAAAGAGGUGCCAAAGUUUCUCGCGUAUGUUGGACGUUUUCGCCUCGCUCUUCGAUGAUAAAUAAAAACACGCCUGACAAUGAGAUCACUAUGAGUCCAAAUUAAAAUUCCCAAUGGACAGGGUUCCAAAAUUAAAAAGUGAAAUGUAUGGGAGUGAAAAUAUUUUAUGCAAUAAGAAAAAAAACAAUCGAUUAUUUAAAAAAAAAAAAAAAAAAAUGGUGUUGAUGAUGAUGACGAAGAUGAAAGAUGCGUUUAAAAAUAUCGAGUAGUUUGUUGCUCAUAUUCGUAAUGCGUAUUGUAUAUAAUAUGCAAUACGUAUUUAUCGAUUUCGAUGGUUUUAUUUCUUUGUCGAUAAAUUUUUAACUUUUUGGACUUGUGGCAAAGGGUUCAGGAGUGAAUAAUUCAACCAGACACAUAUCCGCACACAAUAUAUAGCAGGAAGAAAAAAUAAUAGGAUUACAUUAAAGUACACUACCUCAAAACAAUAGAAUACGGAUUUAUUGUAAUAAAAAAAAAAUAAAAAGCCAAUAUGAUUAUGUUUACACUGUUUUACAUAGUAAGAUAUGUAAUAGGAGUUUGCUCACAAGUUUUUAUAUAUCUACAUCGAAGUACAAUUUUUACAGUUGGUUUUCAGUUUUUUAACACUUGUAUAUUUAUUAAAUAAUAAACAUAUACAUAAAUAAAGAUGAUGCAUUUAUCCGUACGUAACAAUACAUUUGCCUUAGGUUGUUAGUGUUUGCCGAAAUAGGCAAAAAUGAACUAUAGGUACAACAAUUUAAUAAAAAAAAAGAUACUAAUGACGGUGUAAACAUAAUCCCGAAGAAAAUAAAAAAAUAGUUCUACUACAAAACUCAGUUAACUCUGCUGUAAGAUGAGAUCUUUGCAGCAAGACAAAUAGGAAUAAUUUAUUGACUACAUUCAUAGUCUAACGAGUGUAUCGUACUUGGUUGAUUGGUGAGUUUUUAAUCGUUUAUACAGUACGAUAAGUCGACGAAUGAAAGAGUUUACCCGCAUGAUGCAAAUGGUUAUACUGAAUGAUUAUUAUUGUAAUUAUCUAUUCUUAUCUAUUAUUAUUAUUAUUACAUUCUUAUCAUUAUUGUGUAGAAUGCUUCUUACUGACUGAAUAAAAAUGUUUUAAUGUG